AUGCCCGUCCGACUCGCCACGGCAAGGGACAUCCCCAUCAUGGCGUCCGUGCUCGCCGCGGCGUUCGGCCCUGACAAACUAUUCCGCGUGCUCUUCCCUUUCCAGCAGGAGCAUCCUGAGGACUUUGAACGCGCGCUGCGCGAAAGUCUCUGGCUCUCCUGGUACGACUUUCGGAAAGUGCUGAUGGUGUCGUACUCGUCUGAGGACGCUCCAGGCCAGGAGGACGGGAGCGGGACUUUGCUGGCUUCGUCGACGGAGGAGAAGAAGACGCCAUCACCGCCAUUAUUACGCUCGCCGCCCGGUCGGGAGGACCGCGAUGAGACCAUUACGGGCAUGGCGGAGUGGGAACGGGCUGUCCACGGGAGAGCAGGGGCAUGCCACGUGAACGGCUUCCUGGGGUGGUGGGAUCCGCGCCGGCUGAUGAAACCUCUUCUCUCGGUGCUCUAUCGCGUACGGAGGUUUUUCGUCCCCAACAAGGCGGCGAGGAGACCGACAAAGGCAGACCCCCAGGAGCUGACGUACUGGAUGUUGGGACCUAUGAUCUUCCGCUUUGGAAGGCAGUUCAUGGCGGGCGCGCAUCGGGAGAGGCAUUGGUCGCUUGAGAUCCUUGGUGUGGAUCCCCGGUACCAGGGACGGGGGCACGGUCGGGAACUGGUGGAGCAAGGGCUUGAGAUGGCGAGGUUGGACCCUGAGGGAGAUUUGCCCGGUUGUGUGAUGGCCGCGGAUGGGAAGGAGGGAUUCUACCAGAAGUGUGGCUUCAAGGAACUUGUUGGGUAUCUGUGUGACGCGGAGGAUGAUGCUGGCGGUGAGAACCCGUUUCGGAGGAAUGGCGUUGGAGGCGGUGCCGUGUUAUGGACGAGGUAG